CUGGCCCCGCCCCUUCCUGCCGGCCGGCGCUCGGGUGGUGCCUGCGGCGCCGCCGCUGCCCUGGGCGGCGGGAGGCGGCGGGUCCCUCCCCCGGAGCCGCCCCGGCACCUCCCUCCUCCCGCCCUGAGUCACGACGGAGGAGGCGGCCGCUUCGCUCCGCUCGGCUCCUCACGGUUCCGAUCGACCCGCCCGGCCGCCGCCCGUUGCCGCAGGACCGCCGGGGCCGCCCCGGCCCCGCACGCAGGAAAUCCAGGAGCUGGCAGGAGGGGAAUGAACCGUGAGGGUGUCCCCGGAAAGAGUCCGGAGGAGAUGUAUAUUCAGCAGAAAGUGAGAGUCCUGCUCAUGCUGAGGAAGAUGGGAUCAAAUCUGACUGCUAGUGAAGAGGAGUUCUUGCGCACGUACGCAGGUGUAGUGAAUAGCCAACUUAGCCAGCUUCCUCAACACUCAAUUGAUCAGGGUGCUGAGGAUGUUGUCAUGGCGUUUUCCAGAUCAGAGACAGAAGACAGAAGACAGUAACUACGGGAUACCUGAACAACACAGCACUGGAGAGGACAGUGGGAUUUCUGAAGAUAGAGGAAGAUGGCUGAGCAUUAAUAAGUUCCUUUGCCCACCCUAAUUGUUCCUUGGUAUCCCUUCUCCUUUGUAAUUUUGUUUCCCUGUGUCCCACCCUCAGAAUGCAUCUCACAGCCAUCUAUUCCUAUAAGUUUUUGCUACUCAGCCGGGCUGUGUUAAUUAAGGACAAGCCUAAAGGUGUAUUUUUGAUUGGCUCAAAGGGACAGACUGUGAUUGGCUAAAGGAAGACAAUUUUUCAAACUUGACCAAUGAAAACCUUUUAUCUCGCAUUUUAUUUUAUAUUUUAAAGAAAGUCUUUUGACGUCCUACUUCUAAAGAAGCUUUUCAUGCUGUGGUGCUUAUUUAGGUCAAACUUGUGAAUUUGAAGAGGGUUUGAUUUGGCUGCGUAGAACUGGAAGCAACUUGUGAUUGGUUGACAAUGCAAAUGCUUUCUCUUCAGUUGGCUUGCAGAUAUUUUGCUGACUUUGAUGUUUUCAUUGCAGAAAGCUGAUGUUUUUGGUGCAUUGGUUAUUUCUUUAUACUUACUGACUUGGGGGGGAAAGACAAAUGUGCUUUGCAAUAUUUAUUACAUCUACACACAUAUAAAUGCUUGCUUUUUUGGGUUGGUUUUGUUUUUCUGAUUGGCUUUGAAAUCAUGUUUUUGAUUUCCUGUUGGCUGCAGUGUUUCCGAUGCAAUCAGUUUUUCCAUCCUCAUCUGCUCUGUGGCCUCAGGCUCCUUUGGGAGCAUGUGUCGAAAGCGUAUUUAGUUCAAUAAAUCUACCUGUUUAAGCUGGAACAUGGAGAUCGCCAGCCGUUCGUGCUGCCGUGUGGGCUCUACCGUGAACUCCAGGUAGACGUGGCUGUUCAGGUGGCUUCUCUCUUUGCUUCUGACAGAGGAGCUGUAGAUAUUUUGCAGAAAUUGCAAGAACGAGAUCUGUGGCUGUGACAUGAAUUUGCCAAAUUCGUAUAGAGAAUAUGUGAACUUGUUUAAAAUACUACGUAUAGUUCCACUUUAACCCUUUAAUUGCUGCACAAGACUAGCUCUCACAUAAUGAAAAAUUAAUCAUCGUUAACAUAAAUCCAACUUGCACUGGGCUUUAAUAAACUUAAGUUUCUAGUCACUUGAAAAACUGCAUGUGGUUUGGCUCCUUGCAACUGUUUGGUGAUAUGGACAUUAUCUGGAUCCUAAUAUAAUGGCAUUUUCUUGAGGCACUGUUCCGAGAGGCAGUAGUGCUGGGUUAAGCUGCUUGGUGGUGAGUGUACAGGUGACACUCUCGGGUUUACUCUGUUAGUAGUUGCAGGGCCUUAAAACACACACACACAUUUACAAACUGAAAAACCUGCAGUGAAAUUCCCGAAGUGCACUGCCUGUUCAGGAAUCUGCACAUAAAAUUUCUAGUACUGCUGCCUAAAGCCUAGCACUUCAUUUUCUCUCAUAUGUGCAGGUUGUUUUUACAAUACUUCUAGGUUUUCCUGUGGGUUGCACUGACUUUAUGAUGUUUCAAAAUCUAUUAAAGCAGAACUCCAUUCACCUGUUCCCGGUUCCUUUUGUAUGGUUGUUAAUUAAUUGAAGUAACAAUUCCAGAAUCUGACUGUGACAAUGUGUCCAUUUUCAUAGCAAGAAAUUAUGAUGACAGGAUGCUGUUAUGGUGUAAAAAUGGGGAAGAAGCUUGAGAGAAACCAUGGAACGUAUGCAAAAGGAAGAACGGACUUCUGAGCACAAGGAGGGAAGUUACCUUGAGCAAAUAAAUACUGUGUAAUGAGAACAACUGUACAUCUAUUUGUGAAAAAGAUCUUUUUGAUUCAGUUGCAGCUUUGUCAAGUUCAGUGUGAAAGUAAAUGUUUUACCCCUGUUUGUUGGGGAUUGAUAAGAAAUUUCUUUAUUAAAAUAAACCAGGAAUAAGCCCCAAAAUUGUUUAAAUUUUGACCUGGUUGCCUAAGAGGCACUUUAAUGUUAACUUUGGUGCAAAGGGGGGGCAGCCCUUAAAGGGUUAAUUUAAGGUGAUAUGUGUGUUUCUGGCUGCUGGCUGGGAAUGAAGGGGCUGGGUUGUGGUGGCCUGUCCUUGUCAAGCUAACAUGCAUCCUCCGUGUGUACCUAUGGCAUUUCUGAGCUGUUAAAUCUUUUCAAGGAGAAAAGUGAAGUGUUUAUGUGGUUUAAUCUUUUCACUAAAAAUGUAACUGUUGGGGGGAGGGAAAAUACAGUUUUUUAAUAGCUA